GGAAGACAUCAUGCCUGAGCCCAGCGUCAAAGCGCCCAAGAAGGGCUCCAAGAAAGCCGUGUCCAAAGCCACCAAAACCGGCAAGAAGAGGAGAAAGCACAGGAAGGAGAGCUAUGCCAUCUACGUGUACAAGGUGAUGAAGCAGGUCCACCCCGACACCGGCAUCUCCUCCAAGGCCAUGGGCAUCAUGAACUGCUUCGUGAGCGACAUAUUUGAGCGCAUCGCCGGGGAGGCCUCCCGUCUGGCUCACUACAACAAGCGCUCCACCAUCACCUCCAGGGAGAUCCAGACCGCCGUCCGCCUGCUGCUGCCCGGAGAGCUGGCCAAGCACGCCGUGUCCGAGGGCACCAAGGCUGUGACCAAGUACACCAGCUCCAAGUAAACCCAACAAACCUACAAACACAACGGCUCUUUUAAGAGCCACCCAACCUAUCCAGAGAGCUGCCUUCCUGUUAUUUUUCCUCUUGU